AUGGACACCCACAUCGGAUCCGUGGACGGGGCGGCGCUGGCGGCGGCGAACGGCACGGUGGGCUGCCCGGCGUCGGCGCCGGGGUGCCCGAUGGCGUCCACGCCGGCGCAGCCCGCGGCGGCGCUGACGGCCGGGGAGGCGUCGCUGGGGCGCCACCUCGCGCGCCGCCUCGUGCAGGUCGGCGUCGGCGACGUCUUCGCCGUCCCCGGGGACUUCAACCUCACGCUGCUCGACCACCUGAUCGCCGAGCCCGGGCUGCGCCUCGUCGGCUGCUGCAACGAGCUCAACGCCGGGUACGCCGCCGACGGGUACGCCCGCGCGCGGGGCGUCGGGGCGUGCGCUGUCACGUUCACCGUCGGGGGGCUCAGCGUGCUCAACGCCAUCGCGGGCGCCUACAGCGAGAACCUGCCCGUCAUCUGCAUCGCCGGCGGGCCCAACUCCAACGACUACGGGACCAACCGCAUCCUCCACCACACCAUCGGCCUCCCCGACUUCUCGCAGGAGCUCCGCUGCUUCCAGACCGUCACCUGCCACCAGGCGGUGGUGACCAAUCUGGACGACGCGCACGAGCAGAUCGACACAGCCAUCGCCACGGCGCUGAGGGAGAGCAAGCCGGUGUAUCUUAGCAUUAGCUGCAACCUCCCCGGCCUACCUCACCCUACCUUUAGCCGCGACCCCGUGCCGUUCUUCCUCUCCCCCAGGAUGAGCAACAAGAUGGGGCUAGAGGCUGCAGUUGAGGCAACCGUUGAGUUCCUGAACAAGGCUGUGAAGCCGGUGCUUGUCGGUGGCGCCAAAUUGCGUGUGGCAAAGGCAGGAAAGGCAUUUGUGGAUCUGGUCGAUGCCAGCGGUUAUGCUUAUGCAGUGAUGCCAUCGGCCAAGGGUCUUGUGCCAGAGACUCAUCCCCACUUCAUCGGCACCUACUGGGGUGCUGUUAGCACUGCCUUCUGUGCUGAGAUUGUUGAGUCGGCUGAUGCCUACCUCUUUGCCGGCCCCAUUUUCAAUGACUACAGCUCUGUUGGCUACUCUUUCCUCCUCAAGAAGGACAAGGCCAUCAUCGUCCAGCCUGAACGUGUGAUAGUCGGGAAUGGGCCAGCAUUCGGAUGUGUCAUGAUGAAGGAAUUCUUGUCUGAAUUGGCUAAGAGGGUUAAGAAGAACACCACUGCCUAUGAGAACUACAAGAGGAUCUUUGUGCCCGAGGGCCAGCCGCUGGAAAGUGAGCCGAAUGAGCCGUUGCGUGUCAAUGUGCUCUUCAAGCACAUUCAGAAGAUGAUUACAGGUGACAGUGCCGUGAUCGCUGAGACUGGUGACUCCUGGUUCAACUGCCAGAAGCUGAAGCUGCCCGAGGGCUGCGGGUAUGAAUUCCAGAUGCAGUAUGGUUCAAUUGGAUGGUCAGUUGGUGCAUUGCUUGGCUACGCUCAGGGGGCGAACGACAAGCGUGUGAUUGCUUGCAUCGGUGAUGGGAGCUUCCAGGUUACAGCACAGGAUGUGUCAACUAUGCUGCGAUGCCAGCAGAACAGCAUAAUUUUCCUGAUCAACAAUGGUGGGUACACCAUUGAGGUGGAAAUCCACGACGGACCUUACAACGUCAUCAAGAACUGGAACUACACCGGCCUUGUGGAUGCCAUUCACAAUGGAGAGGGCAAGUGCUGGACCUCAAAGGUGAAGUGCGAGGAGGAGCUGACGGCUGCGAUUGAGACGGCGCUGGGGGAGAAGAAGGACUGCCUGUGCUUCAUCGAGGUGAUCGCGCACAAGGAUGACACCAGCAAAGAGCUGCUGGAGUGGGGCUCCAGAGUCUCUGCUGCCAACUCCCGUCCACCGAAUCCUCAGUAGAGCAGUCUGGCAAGCUCCAAGCUUCAAGGUCCUCGGUAGUGGUGGUAGAACGAUGGGACUCAAUCGAAUAACGUGAACGCCAUGCCCUUUCUGUUAUGUUCUCCUUGUUUAGUGCCUGAUUCUCAUUGUUCUUGAUGGUCCUGUAUCUAUUUGUGACAAUUCCCCUGUUUCUCGUACGUGAAUGCCGCAGAGAAUUAUGGGAAAUUUCAGGUUUUGUGACUA